CUCUUGUCACUUUCCUUGCAGCUUUCUCGAGAAUCAGCAGUAUUCUCACAUCACGCUUAGCUCUCUUGACUGGAGCUCAAAUCACUGUUGCUGCACUCUUUGACUUUUCACAUUUUUUUUGCUGCAAUACAGCUGCAUAGGAUUCCUCAAGUGCAACCGAAUCACUAUUUUCGUUGCAAUAUUCUUGAAUUUAUUUUUGUGUAUAGUUUACGGACAGACACCUGUAUUUUAAUUUUAUCUCUUCAAGACACUUUAACUUGGUGCUAUUUUACCUCAAACGUCUGCAAUAUGCCUCGAAACUUUCUUGUAAAACGGACCAAACGGACUGGCAGCGUGACAUACAGACAGAGAACUUCUGAUGAUGAGUUUGAUGAUCUUGGCUUUGUGGAUGGUGAUCUGACUGAUGCUUACAUCCGACCUUUUAAUUCACCAGAUUCCGGUUAUAGUCAGAGUCCAGUAGCUCCUAUCAGCCACAAGGAUCCAUCGUUGGCAUUCCAGUUCGACCGAGAUGCUGCUGUUCGAUCACCGAAUGUUCUCCAGGCAUCUGGUCCUGCACUUCCCUCGUCUCAUAUACCCUUAACCCCGUGUUUCACGACUGGAUACACCGCCACCACCAUCACCUCCCCUGUAACUCCCAACAUUAAGCUGACUUUAAGUGCUCCUCCAGCCCUGGGCACCAAGCGACCCAACUCAGAUUCAGACCACAAGUCACAUCGAGCUAAGAAACCCAAAGCAGCUAGAAAGUUAACCUUUGAGGAAGACAACCGUUCCCCUGUUCACGGCACAAUCAUUCGAGAGGAAAUCGAUGUCGGCAGCAAGUCAAAUGCUCUUGGAAGGACCAAUGAUCAGAACGGAACAAAACUAGGAGGAGACUUUUUGUGUAAACUUUGCAAAGAAAGUUACCCGGAUCCGCUUUCUCUUGCCCAACAUAAAUGUUCCUGUAUAGUCCAUGUCGAGUAUCGGUGCCCAGAAUGCGAUAAAGUCUUCAACUGCCCUGCAAACUUGGCUUCACAUCGGCGAUGGCAUAAGCCCAAACCAGCCAACAACACCAAUAGCAGUCAAAACAGGUCGACCCCAACGAACUCUCCCCGGAUCUUACCGGCAGGUGGGGCCAAAGAUGCCCUUAAACAUUACCCAACCACCGUCCUCAACAUUCCCGAUACAACAAGGAAGGGUGAUAGUGGGAGCGAAGGAAGCAUUAGCAGGGGUAGCACACCAAGUCCCCUCCACCACCUGUUCCCUACAUCUAUGGACACUCCUCGUAGCACUCCUAGCCCCAAUGUCGCCCACAUUAACAACAACAACGAUACGAAAACUGGUAAUGGUGGCGACAUGCUCUACCACUGCGACCAGUGUGGACGCAAAUUCCGCAGACCAGCCAAUCUUCGUCGCCACAUGCAACAACAUGGAGAAGAUGAAACAUUUCCCUGCCAAUACUGUGGACGUGUUUUCAACAGCCUGACGAGCAGAGCCAAACACGUCUUGACCCAUGCCGUCAACAACAACAUUGUGAGCAACCACAGCAACCGAGAAUGCAGCGACAGUUACGACGAGAGAGUUUCCCUGGACCGUCUUGGGAAACUUCAGCAAAAUGGCUUACCGGGUGAGAUGUACCCUUGUAAGUACUGCGCCAGUAUCUUCCCAACCUCACCGGGCCUUACCCGACAUAUCAACAAGAUGCAUCCAUCAGAGAAUCGACAGGUGAUCCUCCUACAAAUGCCUACUCUUCGCACGUAAGUCUGUGAUCAUAGUGAUUGGAACACUUAAUGAAUCAAUCACAGAAUAGUCAAUACGAACUAUGAAUAGAAAAUUAUCAUACUCACCUCUUAGUAUUUAUUAUGACAGAGAAUUGGACAACAUUAAAUGUUUUUAAGAAAUUAACUUUACAUAUAAAAUGUAUUUUUGCAUACUUGAAGUCGAAAUUGUCAUGAAUAUGUUAAUAAUGUUGGGAAUGCUCGUUAUGGUGCCUAAAACAUGUUUUACAAGCAUGGCAAGAGAAAACAAAUCAUAUUUUAUUACUGCAUAACUUGCCCAAGUCCAUAUUACGCACUUCAGAUUAUAUUUCUUUGAUUAAGUUAUAUUCGUAAUUUUACGCACUCAUACAUUCAUUGAUAGAUGACUAGAGUAAUAUAUUUUUUUCUUCUUUACCAUAACCUUGCUUGUUUCAUGCCAAAAUUUCAUAUCUUUAUGUAGAUGAAGAUAAGUAUGAAUAAUUUUUUUUAAAGCAACAAAGCUGAUACGUUGUUGAUUAAUCGUUUUUAUUUUGAUACAGAAGGUAGGUAAGAGAAUUUUGAAUGAUGAAACUCGUUAAUUAUUCAAUGUUAUUUCCUGAUCAUGAUUCAUUAAAAAUACAUUAUCGGUAAUGACGAUCUUCGCACAAAAUACUAAGUUGUGUGCUGUUUGUAUAAAAGUUGUCAAAGAUGCUGUACUUUUCAUUUUGUCUCUUUAACUUUACGGUAGGUUUCUCUUAUGUGAGCCACUCUACCCACAAUACAAAUUGUGCUUAUGAAGUUUUGGCAUGUAAUCAUGCCGUCUUGUUCUACAUUCCGAUAUCCAUUAUGCUUUGCCAACAAAUCUAUAAAAACUUUCCAUAACUUCAUUACAGCUUCAUGGCAACACUGCUCAAAAGUGAAGGUUUCCCCAUAUUUUUUUAGUGUUCUUUGGUAAAUCAGAGGUAUUUGUUUCACAGCAAAUUGUUUUGCGUCAACCUUCAAUGUUGAAUGUUUGCUCCGUCGAAAUUGAAUAUUUAAUAUUUCAGAUUGAAUUAUCAAUCAAAACUCAUCAAAAAGGUGGAAUAUAUACGUGGUGAUUAUGAUACAGCCCACACAAGCAGGAUCCUACCCGUUUAAUUGUCAUUCAUUAAAAUUUCAAAUGCAAUAGGGCGCUUAACCGUAAAAUUGUUGCAUAGAAAUAAUUGUUCACAUGUAAGUUCUAAUAAUGGGAAUAAAAAAUUUAAUGAUUGUUUGAUCUAAGGCGGGGAUGGCUUCGUAUUAUCCAUUUCAUUUAAUUAUGCUUAACAUGUUCUUGUGCAAUUUAGCCAGCUAGCAUUUUAUACCAAACCUUCUUUAAAGAAAUUCCUUAAGAUUGUUUGAUAAUUAUGAAAUCACUCGCUGAAUGAGACAGAUAUAUUUAUAUUUCCCACGGUGCAAUAAUUCUUCAUGGUACCGUAGAUAUAAAUCUACGCAAAAUAUGUUCAUGAUGUCCUCCAUAAAGAUUCACAGACGUUCGUAAAUGUUUAUAGUCGGUGGUCGGACAAGAUUUCGUUUCGCUCGUCUAUCUAAUCCGCACAGUGAACAUGUCUUACUGUCAAUAAGAGAAAAGGGAGUGCAAAAGUGCACUGGGUUGAUCCUUUGUCUAGGCAAGCUAUCCCCGGACACAAAACGAGCCCACGCCAAAGUUACGGGUACAUUGGCUUGUUAACAGAGCAGUGAACGCACGGAAAAACCCAAACAAAGAGGACGUUGAAGAACGCGCCUUCAACUGAAUUCGCUAUACGUUCAAGAUUACUGCAAUGAAAUUGCCUUUGUCACAGGGGAAAUGUAUAAAUCUUUAUGUCUGUCAUAUUUUUGUUUUCGACUCGCUUACAUUCCAUUGGUUGAUAUAGUGGUAUUUCACUCUCCAAUUGUCGUCAGAUGUGAUUGGAUUGUUUUAUUCGUUGUCGUGCCCUUGCCAUUUCAUGUCAAACAAUUAAUGUAUUACUUUUGUUUGUAUAGGUUUUCUUUUGUUGGACACAAUAGGCCUAAGUGCAAGAAUUAGUAUAUUGACAAUAUUAUUCGCAAUUAUAUGAUAUUCAUCGCUUACGGGAGUUUUCUAAUUAUUUAUUUAAUUUUUGUAUUGAAUUUUAAUUUCAAUCCAAGUCUCCUUAUUUCCUCUAUUUAUUAAGUUGUGCUAUUUCAGAUUUUCUUAGUUCGCUGUUUAGUUUAUAUUUUGAUUAAAGCAUUUCAGUCUGCCUUGAUGUUUGACAACUUAAGUAUUUUACUCACACAUUCCAUCAGAAUGUCAUUUUCUCUUUAUUUUUUUCUUAUAAAACCACAGUAGCCUUCAAAUUGCAAAAUGACCAGAAAACCACUCCGGUUAAAAUGGCCAAGAAGUUUACCCUUUUUUGUGCCGAUUUUAACCAGAGGGUGCGUACGCAUUCACUGUGCCUAUUUUAGCCACGAUAUUUUGGCCUACUUUGAUUAGAUUUAGCAAAACACACAAAAGAUAUGAGCCUUAUUAGUGAUAAUUGCACAUAGACACGCUGGUAACACCAUCGUGUGUUGCCUCUAUUUCAUUAAAAGCAAAUAUCUCAAUCGGAAAAAUGUCUAUCUGAUUAUGAUAAUUCGUUAAAUCUGAAUAUUUGUGUAAAUCAAAUAUUGUAUGUUUAAGGAAUACAAAAGAUUUCAACAAUAUAUUUUGUAAAAAGAAAAAAAAUGAUAAAUAUAAUUAUAUCUUAAUCUACUUUCUGUCAGACUUGUGUAUGCCUAUGUCACAUAUCGUAUAAAUUUUUGCCUUCUUAUUGUAAUGGAAAGAAAAAGUAUGUAAAAUUAUGCUGUAAUACAAUGAAAAUCUAUAUUAUAACAAAAAUGGUUUGAAUGGUUUUACCAAGUGUAUCAGUACCGGUCACUUUUAGAAAAGAUUUGAAAAAAAGAAAUGUAUUGGUGCAGUGCUUUACAGAGAUACAAAUGAGACAAAUGAAUUUUAAAUAUCACAUCAAAAAAAAAUCAAAUAAUCAUUUUGAGCAAAAACAUUGUCCUGUUCUUCUACCGUAUGACGCGGAAAUUACUCCGAAUAAAAUCUACUUGGGCAAAUUGAUGCAGAAAGGGGAAUGUAUAAGUGUUGAUCCGAAGAAAAAAAUAAAGCAAGUAAUCUACUAUAUUCUAAUGCCGAUUAUUCCAAUUCGUUUUGGUUGCUGCCUUUUAUUCUCAUGCGCCCAACCAUAGCUGCCAUUAUUUGAUUCUUCUAUUUUUCUUAAUUAUUAUGUAAUCUCGAAUUUGUCUACGUUUGUGUACAAAAUUGAAAAUCUGAGGCGUACAAGCAAUUGCUGAUAAUGAUGUAUUAUACUCGCAGAUGUAUAUCAUGGAUUCCAUAUUAUAUCUAUUAACUUAUUGGACACAUUCCAGGUUAUUUAUUUCAAAACACCUUGCGAAUAUUAUUAUUAUUAUUUGGUGCUGCAAGAAAAGGAUAGGAAAAUAGGUUUUCCCCUUUCAGGGUGUUGAAUGUUAUUGAUUUUAGCUUAACGACUGCGUAAUUACUCAUGUCUGGGAUUUGCCAGAAUAUUGACGAUAAUGUUUUAGUUGGUGUUAUGUAUGUAUUUAUUUUUAGUUAAGCAAAAUUUUGUAUUAGCUACUCAUGUUAAAAGUGAGUAGCUGAAUUAUUUGAUUUGUGUAAUAUGAUAUUUAUGAUUAUGUUAAUUGAAUAAAUUAAUAAAGUUGAA